AUGAAGGAUCCCAAUUUAACCACGGAACAGAAAACCACUAUGGAGCCCCAAGAAGCGAGCGGUCACGCCGAACCCCGAAAGAACACCACUAAAUCCGUCCGCGUGGCCUUCGGUCCGGACCUGGAAACGCAUAUCCCUCCACGCGAUAAGUCCCCGGCGCCUGGACCAGGGCACCACAGAUCGUUUACUACCGUGGAGCGGAGGCACCCCCUUGUAACCACUCCUGACAGACCGACGAGUUCGGCAGGGGAAGGCCCAGCUGUCAUAGAAGAUAACACUCGGUUGAUAUCUGAUCGAGCAUCGGAUUCGGCACGGCCGUCGACUUUGAAACGGGCUAAAAGUGACUAUGGACCAAGACUGGGGCUUGACAAGUCUGCUGCUGGAGAGGACGAAGAGGAUUUUGCCAUGCGCCAUGGAUGGCAGGAAGAGUACACUUCGAGCGAAUACCUCAAGAUCCUACACUCGAAUUUCUACAUGUAUUUCACGGAAAAACGCCAUGAGACAAACGGCAUGCCGAGAGAUCCCGUGGGAAGCUGGCCCAGCCAGGACUGGCGUAUGAAGGACCGUCUGAAAACCGUUUCUGCUGCCUUGGCCAUAUGCUUGAACAUUGGGGUUGAUCCCCCGGACGUGGUCAAGACAAACCCUACAGCUAAGCUCGAAUGUUGGGUUGAUCCAACAUCCACUACUGGUGGCGGGCAGACCAAGAUAAUGGAGCAGAUUGGAAAAAAGCUACAGGAACAAUAUGAAACACUUAGCUUAAGAACUAGGUACAAGCAAUAUCUCGACCCAUCCGUUGACGAGACGAAAAAGUUUUGCAUAUCACUACGUCGUAACGCCAAAGACGAGCGAGUUCUUUUCCAUUAUAACGGCCAUGGUGUCCCUUUACCCACCCAGUCUGGCGAAAUAUGGGUCUUCAACAAAAAUUAUACUCAAUACAUCCCGGUGUCCUUGUAUGAUUUACAGUCCUGGCUUGCAGGCCCCAGCCUUUUCGUUUUCGACGUAUCGCAUGCUGGGAAUAUUGUCCAGAAUUUCCACACGUUUGUUGAGAAACAUGAAAAAGAGAACAUCGAAGCAAAGAAGCGGGAUCCUAAUGUGAUCACCCAAAACUAUGGGGAUUGCAUCAUUCUGGCCGCGUGCCAGAAGAGCGAGUCGCUUCCAACCAACCCUGACCUCCCCGCAGAUCUUUUCACUUGUUGUUUGACGACGCCCAUUGAGAUCGCCCUGAGAUACUUCAUCCUCCAGAACCCUCUGCAGAGUAACAUAUCCAUUGAUGAUUUCCGAGUCCCGGGUCGCUUGCAGGACCGUAGGAGCCCUCUUGGAGAAUUAAACUGGAUUUUCACUGCUAUUACUGACACCAUCGCGUGGAAUACCUUGCCACGAGCUCUCUUUAAGAAGCUCUUCCGUCAAGAUUUAAUGGUAGCGGCCCUCUUUAGAAAUUUCCUACUUAGCGAACGGAUAAUGCGCACAUAUAAGUGUCACCCAAUAUCGUCGCCUGAACUUCCAGAGACGCACCAUCAUCCUCUGUGGAAAAGCUGGGAUCUAGCAGUUGAAAUGGUUCUGGCUCAGCUUCCUGCGCUCAUUGAUCAUGAAGAAGGCCGUAGACAAUAUGAAUAUCAGCACUCGACCUUUUUCGCUGAGCAGCUUACUGCCUUUGAGGUGUACUUGUCAUCUGGACCGACGGAGAAAAACCCGCCGGAUCAGCUACCUAUUGUCCUGCAAGUCCUUUUGAGUCAGGCUCACCGAUUGAGAGCCUUGAUCUUACUCAGUAAAUUCCUGGAUUUGGGACCCUGGGCCGUCCAUCUGGCUUUGAGCAUAGGUAUCUUCCCUUACGUCGUCAAGCUCCUCCAGUCAGCAGCCCAGGAGCUGAAGCCUGUUAUGGUUUUCAUAUGGGCAAGGAUCAUGGCGGUCGACCAUACAGUCCAGAAUGAUUUGCUAAAGGACAACGGAAUUCACUAUUUCAUCUCGAUUCUCAACCCGUCAUCACCCAUACCCGUCGGAAAUGCUAGUGAACAUCGGGCCAUGUGUGCUUUCAUAGUGUCGAUAUUUUGCAAGAAUUAUCCCCAGGGCCAGAAUGUGUGCCUUUCCGCAGAACUUUUUGACUCUUGCUUGAGGCAUCUGAUGGAUGUUGAAAAUCCUUUGCUACGCCAAUGGUCAUGUCUUUGCAUUAGCAUGCUUUGGUCUGACUUCCCUGAGGCAAAGUGGAUGGGAAUUCGAUGCGCGGCACCUGCAAGACUCUGCGAGCUCAAUUUUGAUCCUGUUCCGGAGGUCCGAGCCGCAAUGUUGCAUGCCGUGACAACAUUUUUGGGUAUUCCCGAUCUCACAGAUCAAGUGGCCCAGAUCGAAGAAUCAUUGGCCAUGGCCGUGUUACCAAUGGCAUCCGAUGGUAGUGUACUUGUUCGAAAAGAACUUCUGGUGUUCUUCUCGACUUUCGUGAGACGCUAUCAAAACAAAUUCCUAGUUGCCGCAUACGAAGAGCUACAGGAUGAGAAGCAGAGCCUUCUCUCCAAAGUUGAGCAACUGACACCUAAAGGUCAUUCCACGGAGGAUGCACCGAAUGGUUCCGCAAAUGGCCCGCUUUCGAGCUACAAGACACAAAAACUGUCUCGUAAUUCUACUUUUGGCACUAUUUGGAAACAGCUCCUUAUCCUUUCUGUUGACCCGCAUCCUGACAUCGCACAGGAUGCAGCUAUAAUCGUUGAUCACAUUCAUUUGUCCCUUGUGCAAUCUCCCAUGGCUUCGCUAACUGAGAAAAUUCGACAAGAAAUAAUGGACCUCUCAAAUCGAGUGGCCCAGAAGACGCAAGUCCGGGAACGACUCGAGUCGAAGAAGACGGCACCACCACCGACUCCUCCGUCGGUUGCUCCGCCAAAGCAGGAGGGCUAUCUUUCGCUGAGUUUGAAGCGGACUGCUAGUGUCGCGGCGUCGCUAAAAAACCUUGCCUUUGGAGGUUCAUCAACAGAGCCGCAGUCGUUGCAACUUUCGGCCUCGGAUAAGAGUCGCAUGCCCAUAACGCCACGAGGACGAGCCCCCCCGGAAUGGACCCGGCCCCCCGAAGUUAACGACCAAGUUGCCCCUGCGACAGCCUACCACCAAGCUCCAACUCCAACAUCCCGCGGGUUCGAACCCAAGGCCCCAUCAAUCCCCCCUACCGUCCCUUUGAUGAGCAGGUUCCUAGAUUGGUCCACAGAGUUUCUCACCCUUAUUCAGUAUUUCCGGGAGCCCCAGAUGAAACCCAAUGAGCCCGAUGAACCCGGUAGCGCGGACUACAACGAACGGCUCUGGAGACGAAGCCGCAACGAAAAGAUUAUCACAGAGACGCAGCCCUUGAAGAGUAAAGCCGGCAGUAGCCGAUGGGAUAAUUCCAUAGCCCUUCUUUCUAACAGCAGCCAGCCCCUGAAGAUGUGCUUUCAUCAGUUCGAGGAUCAUAUCGCCGUUGCGGAUGACAAAGAUACUAUUGCGAUCUGGGACUGGCAAAGCCACAAACGUCUCAAUCGGUUCUCUAACGGAAAUCCACCAGGGUCAAAGAUCAACGAAGUCCGUUACAUUAAUGAAGAUGAUCAGGCACUUCUGAUGACAGGUUCUUCUGAUGGAGUUUUGAAGGUGUUCAGGAAUUACGAGUCCACAAGUGAUGUCGAGAUCGUGACAGCUUUCAGAGCUCUGCCAGAGCUUAUUCCUAGUAACCGAAACGCUGGGCUUGUUCUCGAUUGGCAACAAGGCCAGGGUAAAGCGCUAGUCGCAGGAGAUGUGAAAGUCAUACGAGUAUGGAAUGCUGCGACUGAAGUUUGCACCAAUGACAUUCCUGCUCGCUCAGGAUCAUGCAUCACUUCUCUGACUUCCGAUCAAGUUGCGGGUAAUAUCUUCGUAGCUGGCUUCGGUGACGGGGCAGUCAGAGUAUUCGAUCAACGUAUCAAGCCCACGACUUCUAUGGUUAAAGUAUGGCGCGAGCACAAACAGUGGAUUACCAAUGUCCACAUGCAACGGGGUGGUUUGAGAGAGCUGGUGUCUGGUAGUCGGAACGGUGAGAUCCGACUUUGGGACCUUCGGAUGGAUAAUCCAAUCUCGACGCUGUAUGCCACUAAAGAUACCUUACGAACGUUGAGCGUUCAUGAACACGCUCCAGUAUUCAUGGUCGGCACCAACCGCCAUGAAGUCAAGACAUUCAACGUUGACGGCAGCUAUCUGUCGACAUUCGAGCCUUACUCGAGUUUCCUCCACCAUAACCGCUCUUCUCCGAUCGCAAGCACCGCAUUCCAUCCUCACCGCACUGUUCUCGCCUGCGCUGCUCUUAAUGAUAACCACAUCAAUCUGGUUUCCUGCUAG